AAACUACCGCAACCAUUUGAAUGGUUUCUUCUUGUGCCCUCAGAUUCUCCUACUUCUUGCCAUGGCCGACUCCUUCGUCCCUGAAGCAAUCCACACAGCUCCAAGCCCAAAUGGUUGUUUCGGGCUCUCUCCGCCGGCCAGCAGCGGCGAAUCUUCUUCUGAGAUCCAUCGUAAACUGCGAAAGCAGCGACCUUUCUUCUGUUCUCCGCCUCUUCUACCAUCUCCACAACCCCUCCACCUUUCAAUGCAAUACAGUCAUGAAAGCUUGCUCCCUUCAUCAAUUCCCCGAACAUUCCGUCCAAAUUUUCAUGCAAAUGCGCCGGAAAGGCAUACAGCCCGAUUCAUACACGUUCCAGUUUUUCUUCAAAUCUUGCUCCCUUUCUUCCCUGGAUAAGCUGGGUUACGCAGCUCAUGGUCAAUUUAUCAGACUCUUCUCUGAUUCUGAACACUUAGCUUCGACUUCCUUGAUUCAUAUGUAUUUAAAAUUCCAGCAUAUUGAUGAGGCAAUGAAGGCCUUCGAUGAAAUUGUUGCUAAAGAUGUUCUUCUGUGGACUACAAUGGUAUCAGGUUUGGAGAAAGCUGGCUUGCUUGAUGAUGCCCGGAAACUGUUUGACGAUAUGCCUGAGAAAAAUGUCAUCUCAUGGACAGUCAUGAUCAAAGGAUAUUCCAAAGCAGGACGACCUGCGGAGGCCAUGGAGAUGUUUACAAAGAUGCUCGGUGAAGGAAUUUUAUCAGACACAGUUGCAUUUUUGUCAGCACUCUCGGCCUGCUCCCAAAGCCGGGAUCUUGAAGCAGGAAAAUGGGUUCAUCAGCUCAUUCAAGACAGUAAAAUUGUUCUGAAUGAGAAUCUCAUUGUGACCCUAGUUGACAUGUAUGCCAAAUGUGGUCGCAUCGACCUUGCUCGCUUUGUUUUUGAUUUGAUCGGUCACGACACCCUUUCGGCAUGGAAUGCAAUCAUCGACGGAUACUGCAAAAUGGGCAAUGUUGAUGAAGCUUGUUCCCUAUUCAAUCAAAUGGAAUCCCGUAAUCUGAUCACAUUUAACUCAAUGAUAACAGGCUACAUUCAGUGUAGCAGGCUCAAGGAAGCACUGUCCCUCUUUGCUGAUCUCCUAACAUCUGGUCUCCUUCCUGACAGAUACACCAUAGUUGGUUUGCUUUCAGUUUGUGCCGGCUUGGGUGCACUCAACAAAGGUAAGAUCUUGCAUGCUUACAUUGAGGUUAACCUCACCGAAUCCGACAUCUUCAUCGGGACUGCCCUGCUUGACAUGUAUGCAAAAUGUGGGAAGAUGGACCAAUCGAUCUUAGUUUUUGAUAGAAUGAAAACAAAGGAUUUGAUGACUUGGACUGCUAUGAUUUCAGGUUUAGCCAUGAAUGGAAUGGGGAAGCCUGCGCUUGAGCAGUUUUCUUUGAUGAAGAGUGAAGGCAUUAACCCAAAUGCUGUUGUUUACAUUGGUGUCUUGAAUGCUUGCAGCCACUCUGGCCUUGUAGAAGAAGGCCGCAGACAUUUUAAAGAGAUGUUGGUGUUGUAUAAUUUAGAACCGGAGAUUGAGCAUUAUGGCUGCAUGGUUGAUCUGCUUGGUCGACUUGGGCUUUUAGAAGAAGCUGAGAAGCUUAUAAGGAGCAUGAAAAUGGAACCCAGUGAUGUUAUCUGGGCUUCUUUAUUGAGAUCUUGCAGAGUAUAUAAGAAUAUGGAUUUGGCUGAGAGGUCAGCAAGGGAACUCAUUGCCUUGGAACCAGAUAAAGAUGUUGGAUAUGUUCAGCUUUAUAAUAUUUACAUAGAUGUUGGGAGAUUGAAUGAUGCUGCUAAAAUUAGGAGAUUAAUGGAAGAGAGAGGAAUUAAAAAGAUUGCAGCUUUUAGCUCGAUUACAGUCAAUGGAGAGGUUCAUAAGUUUAUUGCCGGCGACCGGUCGCACCCUGAGGUGAUGGAGAUCCAGGAGACGAUGGGUGAGGUCAUGACGAGGCUGAAGGAAUCCGGCUACUCGCCAGUCAUGUCGCAGGUGGCUGUGGAUGUGGAUCAGGAGGAGAUGGAGCAGGCUCUUUUUGGGCACAGUGAGAGGAUAGCCAUUGCUUUUGGGAUCAUGAGAUUGGGAAAAGGGUUACCAAUUCAUAUCAUCAAGAACCUGAGGGUCUGUGAUGAUUGCCAUUUGGUAAUAAAGAUGAUUGCCAAGUUAUGGGGCCGUGAAAUUGUUGUUAGAGAUCGUAGCCGCUUUCAUCAUUUUAGUGAUGGGCGGUGCUCCUGCAAUGACUUCUGGUGAAUGGUUGAUGCUAAUAACUGUCUCCACCUCUACUAAAAUGAAUCAUGUUCUGUACAUCUGAAUGGCAUCUAGGACGAGUUGAGACUAAUUGGUCGAGUUGUGAAGAUCAACUAUAUGAAGUUGCUAGCAAUAUGGCUAACUUGAUGCCGAGUUAGCGGAAAGCAUCUAUUCAAGCAUACUUGGUCGUUGUUCGGAGUUAGCUCGCGUUGAGACUCCGGCUUAAUAUUUUUUCCAUAAGGGAGAGCAUAACACAAUAGUAAAGUCACCUCAACUUGUCAAGAUUACUUGCCCAGGCACGAGCACAAUUAGCUCAACCUUUCAACUCAUUCCUAGCAACUGACUUGAGCUCAGUGAGUCAUGGAGUUUUCAGUAAGUUCUACUCUUCUACAGGGUAGCUAAAUUUAUUUUUCAAAUUGUUAAUAUUUCUGCUGGCUCUUUGGUAGGUAGAAUAUGUAAGACCCCGGGUGUCCUAGGUUUGAGGCUCGCCUAGAACAACACAAGGGUGAAAAACAAACGCACUUUGCGACACAUCUUACUAUUUAUAAGUUCAGAUUG